CAAAAGCUUCAAAACAGGAGGGAGUCGAACAAGGAUUUGAAGGAAUCUUAUUCGAUGCAUGGAAUGUUUAUUCGCAUGAGCGUUGUCUAAGCAUUUGCCUGGGACUUGCUCUUGUCAACCUUUCGACUGGUUAUCAACUGCUCAGAUCGCCUCAACUGAUACCUGCCUCUUGCCUGACUGAACAUUAAACCCUGGCUCAGCGUAUAUAAGCGUUGUUCUGGGGAGAAGUGCGCACCUUCUACCUGGCAUCGGCCAACGCUGACGCCGAAGCCUGCGAUAGGAGGCGCGCACAAAAAGAGAGAGACCGCGGAAACGCAGCCGGGCGCACGCAGAGAGAGAUGGGCUGCUGUAACAGGAGGUGCGCACUCCUCACCGGAGCCGUCGUCGGGGCGGCGGUGGCCCUGCUGGGGGGCAUCCUGAUCCCGGUGGGGAACAAUCUCAUCGAGGAAACGGUCUUGCAGGAAGCCGUGAUCGCACCCGGAACGCCGGCGUAUGAGAACUGGCUGUCACCGGGGGGAGCAGUCUACAGACAGUUCUGGUUCUUCAACGUGCAAAACGCCAGGGAGGUGGUGGAGGAAGGUGCCGCACCGGUGGUGGCGGAGAAGGGACCUUACACCUACUUGACCAGGUACUUACCCAAACUGCGCAUGGGUUGA